AGGCAUGUUCAUCAAACCACUCUAUUGGUUUAAGUGAUGGAAGUUUUACUGAAAGAGGAUUGAUAGCCACAACAUUCCUGGAUGUGUACCAUACCCCAAACUGGGCGCGGUUACAUCAAUCAAAAGCCUGGUCUCCAGCAAUACUUAAUGACCACUCCAUCGAACAAUAUGUCCAGCUAACGUUUUUUGGUGGUCAGUUCUUAGUAAAAAACGUCGCAAUGCAGGGAAGUCCUCUCUUUGACUGGUGGGUUACAAAGUUUCGAAUUUCGACCAGCAAUGAUGGGGAACAUUUCGUUACAAAUACCGAGGUAAUUACAUAUGUCUUAAAAUAGGGUUGUGAUUUUUGUAGAAUGGAAUGUUGAAGGUGUUUUUUGGAUGCAAAUUUCGAGGCGGGAAACCAUACACAUACAUAACGACAAACGGCAAACAAAAAUGUUACGUUAUAAGACAACAAAGAAGAAAAGGAACUUGUUAUUACCUGUUCUAGGAAGGAGGUUACGUUUUUAUCCACGUCUGUCUGUCUGUCUGUCUGUCUGUCUGUCUGUCUGUCUGUCUGUCUGUCUGUCUGUCUGUCUGUCUGUCUGUCUGUCUGUCUGUCUGUCUGUCUGUCUGUCUGUCUGUCUGCCUGCCUGCCUGCCUGCCUGCCUGCCUGCCUGCCUGCCUGCCUGCCUGUCUGUCUGUCUGUCUGUCUGUCUGUCUGUCUGUCUGUCUGUCUGUCUGUCUGUCUGUCUGUCUGUCUGUCUGUCUGUCUGUCUGUCUGUCUGUCUGUCUGCAUGAUGACUUCAAAAUAUAUAUCAAACAUAUUAAUACGAAAAUUUGUAGGACAAAUGGACAUUACCCAAGGGCAGAAUUAUUAAACGGCUUUGGUUAAAUUUGGAUGCAAAUAUUAGAUGAUAAAUUAUGAAAUGAUUGUCUUGCUUUACCAUGCAAAAUAGACUGAGAGUGCGCCAUUAUGCUAUUUAUGAAUGAUACGUAAUUUCAUUCGCUGGCUGAGGUAUGCACGCGGACUCCGAGUGGAUUAAGCCUGUUUUCCACUUCAACCAUAUCGUAUCGUAACGUACCGUAUAAUUUUCUUUUGUGUCGAAGUCAUUAGUUCAACACUACCGCUCAGGAAACAAAGAAAUACGCUACGUUUCGGUACGAUACGGUUGAACUGUUGAAGUGGAAAACAGGCUUAAAGAUUUUUGGGAUUAACAGGAUUUUUGGCAUCAUGAACUUCCCGUUAGAGCUCGUCAACUGGCUUCUGUGUACAUCUACUAAACCCUCCUACAUGUACAGUCUCCGAGUACUGUCUAGUUCAAAUUGUUUUGCUUUGGUUGGCUAAUUAAGUUGUCAGUGUUCAUGUUUAUUCCAUUUCUUUAGGAGUAUGACGGAAAUUACGAUGGAUCUUCCGUUGUCAUGGUGACAUUACAAAAUUCCACACCAUCAAUUUAUUUUCGCGUUAUUCCAACUAGAUGGAAUAAUAAUGUCGCGUUGAGAUUGGAACUAUAUGGAUGCUUUGAAUAUAUCGCUUGA